AUGGCUCAUCUUCUCUUGGUAAAGUCUUUGGCGUCUCCGGCUGACUGCACUAGUCAGUGGAGGUGGGACAGGCAUGUAAGUCACGAUCAUUUCCAUUUCCACUCUGUGAAGGUGCUGAUGGAAAAUGUCGAAUGGUUCGUUGACAGUGGACUCAUGAUGGCCAAAGGGCUUGCGGCAAACGGGGCAAAAGUCUAUAUCGGUGGGCGACGAAAGGAGGUAGUCGAGAAGGCAUCAGCAGAGCAUGGAGCUGGAUUAAGUGGAAAGAUUCUACCAAUUUCAUUGGAUGUCACGAACAAAGAGAGUAUAGAAAGUGCAGUUAAGCUCAUCUCAUCCGAGAAUGACGGAAAACUGGACGUUUUGAUCAAUAACGCUGGCCAAGUUGGUCCGGUGUCAAAGUUCUUCUCUAUCCCAAGUCCUGAGCGGAAAGAUACGGAGACCCUCGGCACGGCCCUAUUUAAGAAUGAAUCAUUUCAAGGCUGGGCCGAUGUCUUCACUAUAAAUGUUUCCUCGUGGUUCUUCCUCUCUACAGCAUGUCUUGGAUUGCUAGAAAGGGCCAGUAAAGCUCGAGAAGCAGAAACUGGAGGGUGGAGCUCUUCAAUUAUUGGGAUCUCGAGUAUAUCAGGGCAGAUGAAGCAGUUUGCAUACAACGCGUCCAAAGCUGCUGGAAUCCAUCUAACCAAAAUGCUCUCCACUGAGCUCGCGCUUCGUAAUAUUCCAGUCCGGGUGAACUCUAUUUCCCCGGGUGCGUUUCCCUCUGAAAUGACCUCAAUGGAGGGCUCAGCUUUCACCGCCAAAAAUGUCGACCUAGUCGGCAAAGGUAUUUCGAAGGUUCCUUCCGCACGAGGUGGCCUUGAUAAGGAUAUCGUUGGGGCAGCUUUGUACCUUGCAUCACCUGCAUCUCACUAUGUCAACGGGCAGAUUAUUACGGUCGAUGGUGGCUUUAUUUCUGUCAACCCUUCUGUUGUUGGGCUGAUGAUGGCCAAGGGUCUUGCGAACGGAGCAAAAGUCUACAUUGGUGGACGACGAAAGGAGACGGUAGAAAAGGCAGCGGAAGAACAGGGCAAUGGGUUGAGCGGAAGUCUUAUACCGAUUUCACUGGAUGUCACUAGCAAGGAGAGCAUUGAAAAUGCAGUCAAGCUCAUCUCGUCGGAAAAUGAUGGAAAGCUGGAUGUUCUCAUCAACAAUCGGCCCAGCGUCCAGAUUCUUUUCAAAUCCGAUGUUCCUGAGCGCAAGGACACGGAGACUCUCGGAACCGCUCUCUUCAGAAACGAAUCAUUCGAAGGUAUUACGAUAGUACAGUCAACUCCCUCUACUGGAUAG